AUGUCUUUCCCCCAGGAUGGCCGAGGCCGUCGCGGCGGAGCUGGCGCCGGUUUCAGCUCAACUGGCCGACGAACUGCUUUGGGGUACUACAUCCCAUUGGCCCUGACUGUAGGAGUUGCCGCCGUGAGCAUUGCUGCCUGGGUCUGGAGUGAACGACACGACGAUGACGAUGAUCUCCCUGACGACGCAGAAGGCCACCACCCCCCGCCACCCCCUGGUGCCGUUGCCGGUGACUUUCCUCCGCCUGCAUACGGCGCAGGAAGCUAUGCAAGAGAUAUCGGGACAGAUGCUGCGCCUGGUGAUGCUCAAUACGACCCCAGCUUGAUGGCUCGCAUGCAGGGCGCGUUGCGCCGAACCCCCAGCCCCCAACAGAUCUUCGAUGGCGCAAGUCGCAAAGUUGUCGCGGGAGUGACUGCCGCAGGCCAAUUUGUGGGCGGUGCCCUCACAUCUAUUCGUGAAGAAAACCGGGGUGACUUCGAAGACCACACGAGAUGGUCCGAAGAGGCCCAGUCCCGAGCUAAGGAAAGAGGCGAACAAACCACUUCGGUGCCCUCAAUGAGUGGCGCGCUGCCAGGACGCAGUAUCGGCCAACGUUCACUCGACAAGAAGAAGAAGACGGUUGUGAUCGUUGUAUCCUCUCUUACUCCCUCAGAUACCGAUGACUUUGCCUCGGAGCAUGCCUCAAUUCUUUCUCAUCUCCCUGAACACGUAGACCUUGACACAUGUCGAAUCUUUGUCCUGAUAUAUGCCCCGAGCUUGAAGCAUGCCAUUGGUCAGGGCAACUCAUCGCGCGCAACACAGUCAAUUGCCUCAUCCUACUCAAACAUUGCCACUGAAGAAGCUGCAUCUUCUGGUGAACUGGUCGGCGGUGACUUGACCCGUGUAGAUCCCCACCAGGAGGAUGAUCUCGAAGGCCAGACACCCUUCUUCCGAACCCUGUACACUCAGGCCCAGGCACUCGUCGAGAAGGAAAGCAUGAUCAUGCCAUUUAGUACAUCCACUGGCUACGUUCAUCUUGUCCGCCAUUUAUCUCCGGAUCUUGUUUAUGCACAGGAAUCAUUAACUGGAGAAGAGGGCGACGCGGUGCAGCACAUCUCUGGUUGGGUCCGGCAAGUCAUUAUCGUGGUUGGCGACGAGGGCGGCCGUGGUGGCUUAAUCGAUAGCGAUGACGAGUCUGCUCUUGCUGAUAAGGGAGAGAAGUGGUGGCAAAAAGAAGGCACCACCGGCAUUGGCAAGCGAAUUGACGUGGUCGAUGUCCUUCGUGUUGGAGAUGACUGGCGACGCCGAGUGCGUGGUCUGGACUAA